CAGCUCUCGUAGCUCAGUUGGUAGAGUGCGGCACUAGUAAGAUAUGGUGAUCAUGUGAUAACGUGGUCUACGGUUCAAAUCCGUAUGGGAGCACAUCCAUUGGCCGGGUGGUGUAGUUGGUUAUCACGUUUCGUUAACAUUUCUAAUGUACCGAAAAGGUCCUGGGAUCGAACCCCAGCCUGGUCAAUUCUUUUGCCAUUCCUGACGUUGGACGUGGUGUUGUUGUCGUAGAUGAUAAUAUUUUGGUCGUUUUUUUUAUGUUGGGGAGGGUUCAGUGGGGUGGCGGGCGGCGGAAAGUGAUUCGCCGGCCGCCGUGGUCGAUCGUUGGUGGUGCUUGACUCGCCAAGGGAGCAAUCGGUGGGCGGAUGACCCGAGACAUAACUAUAACGUUGCGGUUUUCUAGGGACCGACGUGGAGAGAGGUGUUUCUUGACCGGAUGGUAUCUCUAUCUGCUCCCGAAGAAACCUACUAUCGCCAUACUCCCUGAGACUAUUGCUAGAAACCAUGUCCUUCAACGCCUCCUCCAUCGUCGCCAGCACAAAGCUGAGCGCCAUCCUCGAGAAACUCCACGCCCUCUCCUUGUGGGGUUCUCAUCCAGGGGCAAGGGCCUAAUCAACCCCGCAAAAAUCACCAGCCCAGCGUUGCUGAUGUCUUUCCAGACUUUGUCCAUCGGAUAGCAUCUGGCAAUUCGAUUCAAAACUCUAGAGACCUGGUAUGUUUUCUAAGCAAUGAAGUUACAACUUGUAGUCCCCUUGAAACCUGGCGACAGCAGAAAUAAAGGCGACAGGGGCGUCGAAGAGCUCAAUGGCCAGCUGUGGCAUGUAUCAGAACCGCUCGAUAUCAAAGAUGCUCGCAGCGUGAAGUUUCAUUGCAUUUCGUACGUAUGGGGGCAAGGCCGUGAGAAGCCUGGCAGCUUCUUCGAUAACGAGAUAAGUAUUCCGGACAAGACUCGUCCUGCUCUAAUCGCCGCUAUUAGAGCUAUUAAGGCAUCGGGUUUCGAGGCAGAUGGUCCGAUUGAAGAGGGGUUUUGGAUAGAUGCCCUCUGUGUCCCGUACUCCGAUGGCCCGGACCGAUACGGAACGCUUGAAAGAAAUAUGGGUCACAUCUACAGCGCCGCGGAAUCGGUGAUAAUUAUCAUCCAAGAUCCCGCCUGGAAGAUCAUCCUAGAAGCAUCCUCGGGAACAACUCCUGAUGCUCUCUCGUAUGAUGAUAUGCAGGCGCUAGAGGGUGACUGGAUCACCAGCGUCUGGACAUACCAAGAGCUCGUCAAUGCCCGUAACAUCCAUUUUGCGCCAAUACACCCCGAAGGCUACGACUACAUCGUAAAAGGGGAAAGGUUCUUCAACUGCACAGGAUUCUCCCUAGACCAGUGGAAAAAGCGCAACGACAAGACAACUAGCGAAUCACUUAUCGAGUUUCCAACCCUCAACACGUUCGAGGAUGUCUUAGCGGAUUUGGCAACCUCGAGUUACCUUGGCCGCUCAGUAUUUCAGGUGUUAGCAAAUAUGGCUUGCCAAACGUAUGAUCCGUUUUUUCCAGCAAAUAGGUUGCUGGCCUCUCUUGGCGCAUUAACUCAAGAAGUGUCUUGGGGACCUCCGACUAUGUCAUUGUCUGACCUAUCCGAGAAAGUUAUGGCCACUUGCGAGGCUAACAAUGACUACUCGUUCAUAUACACAACCGACAAAAGGGACGAGACUCUUGGCUUACAAUGGCGCCCUAACCCCAAGCAAGUUCAAACCGAUCUGUCAAAACCAGUGCACCUGAUCCCACUGCUAAGUUGGAGUAGCUGGGGAGAACCAUUUGGCACGACUCAGACCGGGCACAGUCUGAGAUUCUGGCUUGAUAAUAUGAUUCGACUACAGCAGUCGGAAGCUCUAGGUGAAGAAGUUGGGCGAUUGCUGGAGAACUGGCUGUACCGACCAAAGGACCUGACUCAACCCGGGGCGGCUAGCAAGGGAUUCUUCAAGCACACUGAGGGUGAGAAGCUCAGUUUUGGCGAAGCAAUGUUAAAGGCUUUGAAGCAGAUGCGUUUUAGUGGUACCCAAGCACCCGUGAUAUGCGAGGACGGCUUAUUUUUUCCAUUAAAACCCCUGAAUGAACGCCAGUAUGUCGAGUUAUUUGCUGCGUCUAGCAUUAGGUGGAUAUUUGGCUCUCCUGGCUUAGUGAGGUGGAAAGAGGGAGACAAGGCGAAAUAUUCGACGGGUGUCUUUACAGGGGUCGUGAGGCAUGAUCAAGCCAAGGCGAUAUUGAUAGUAUGAACUGGGUAGCGAUGUAUAGAGAAGCACAUCCUGCCAAAUAUUUUGCUCUAAUAGUUGGCCUAGUAUUAAGGUAUCGCGUUGGGGGGAUGGCGCAUCGGGCACUAAGUUCGGUGCGGCCCGCGGACAGCACCUGCCGUGGGGUGGUUGACAUCACACUGUUGAGACCCCUAGUAUUGCAACUCGGGCAUUACAUUUCACUUCGGUGUUGUGAAUACGUUCGUGAUACCUUUGUAAGGCUAUCUAAUAGGCUCCGUGGCUCUGCAAAUAGAAACUAGACGUGAACCAUCAAUACUUAAGUGGUCCGCGG